UGAUUUAGUUUGUUAUUGUGUGCUAUCGAAAAUUGUACUUAAAGCAGCUGAAACUAGCUUGAAUAUCCACCAUAAUUAUGCUUUGGCCAGGUAUAUUUUUCUUCUCAGUCCUAGUCUUAGCCCCCACCUGCCCGCCAACCUCUGGUUUCGUGCGGGGCGUGUGCACGCGGCGUCACACCGGGACCGCGCGCUUGCGGACCAGAGAGAGAGAGAAUAACUGAAAGAGGGGAGGAGUGUGGAGAGUCCACGAGACUGAGUGAGGGAGAGACCUGCACCGCAUUGACAGGAAACACGGAGUCAGAGCUCCGGUAACGCCAUCAGCACAGAGGAGGAGGUGGAUAGUUUUCUGAUGCCUCUGCGGAGCUGACGGUGCAGCAGCGAGGAGAGGAGCGGCGGACCGGCGCAGGUCUGCUAAGUGGUCACAACAGAGUGGGUGGACAGACAGAAUAUCAGUAAACGUCCUCGGUGCAGCUGACAGGAGAACCAUCUAGCCAAUCAGGAGAGGUGAGGGGUGAGGCGAGGCGAGCCAAUCGAAGGAGGAGAGAUGUUGGGGAAGGGCAGGCAUGUGGCCCCGGCUCUCAUGUCAUUACUGCUGCUACUGUGGCAUGAAGCAACAGCCAUUGAGGUCCCACAAGACCCAAAGAUCCAGCAAGACCUAAAGCAGCCUCCCACUAUAGUCAAACAGUCAGUGAAGGACUACAUUGUCGACCCCAGAGAUAACAUCAUCAUCGAAUGUGAGGCCAAGGGCAACCCAGUGCCAACGUUCUCAUGGCGAAGGAACGGGAAGUUUUUCAACAUUGUAAAAGAUCCUAGGGUGACGAUGCGAAAACGCUCAGGAACCCUGGAGAUUGGUUUCCGUAGUGGAGGACGACCAGAAGACUAUGAAGGAGAGUACCAGUGUUUUGCCAGCAAUGACCAUGGAGUAGCUCUGUCCAACAAAAUCCUGCUCCGGGUCUCAAAGGCUCCUCUGUGGCCUAAGGAGGUGUUGGAGCCAGUAGUGGUGACUGAAGGCUCCCCGCUGGUUCUACCCUGCAACCCCCCGCCAGGCCUUCCUCCUCCGUUCACAUUCUGGAUGAACAGUGCUAUGACUCCAAUCCCUCAGGAUAAGAGAGUGUCCAUGGGUUUGAAUGGAGACCUCUACUUUUCCAAUGUUAUUGCCCAAGAUGCUUACACAGACUACAGCUGCAAUGCUCGCUUCCUCUUCACACACACCAUCCAGCAGAAGAACCCCUUCACACUUAAGGUUCAGACCAAGGAGCCGUAUAAUGACACAUCUUACAAUGCCACUGACCCCUAUGGUGGCCGGAAAGUAGCUGAGUCUACGCCGACCUUCCUCUCACCGUCAGGCAGUGAGAGUUCCAAAAUGGUGCUACGAGACGAGCAACUACUGCUGGAGUGUAUUGCUGCUGGACUACCCACACCUGCCAUCAAGUGGUUUAAGAAGGGCGGGGACCUUCCUGCACAGAAAGUGAAGUUAGAGAACUUCAACAAGACCCUGAAGAUUGUCAGUGUGUCAGAGGAGGAUGCUGGGGUGUAUGUAUGCAUGGCCAACAAUCAUUUAGGCAGCAUUCGCCACUCCAUCUUCGUCCAAGUGAAAGCGGCUCCUUACUGGCUGGACAAACCUACAGAUCUGGUGCUAGCCCCAGAUGAGAAUGGGCGCCUGGUGUGUCGGGCCAACGGCAACCCUAAACCUAACAUUCAGUGGCUGAUAAAUGGACAGCCUAUAGAUAGCUCUCCCCCCAACAUGAACAGAGAGGUGUUGGGUGACACCAUCAUCUUCCGCUCGGUGCAGAUGGGAAGCAGCGCUGUCUAUCAGUGCAACGCUUCCAACCAGCAUGGCUACCUGCUAGCCAAUGCCUUCGUCAGUGUGCUCGACAUGCCUCCGAGGAUGCUGGGCCCUAAAAACCAGCUGAUUAAAGUCAUCGAGAACAACCGCACCUUCCUGGAUUGUCCAUUUUUUGGUUCCCCUCUGCCAGAACUACGCUGGUUUAAGAAUGGACAGGGCAGUGGGCUUGAUGGAGGUCAGUACCGUGUUUACAUCAACGGCACCCUGGAGAUCAAAAGGGCCCGAGCAGAGGACGAGGGCACCUACACCUGUGUGGCGAACAGCAUCCUGGGCAAGGCUGAGAACCAGGUCCGCCUGGAGGUCAAAGAGCCAACUCGCAUAGUUCGAGCCCCCGAGCACCAGUCAGCCAUCAGGGGCUCCACAGUUCGUUUCGACUGUAAGGUGAAGUCUGAUCCCAGCCUGCCUGUCACUGUGGCUUGGACGAAGGAUGACAAGCCUCUCAAUCACGGAUGGAGGCUGAAGAAGGACGAUGAGUCGCUGACCAUCCCCAAUGUGAAUGAGGGUGAUGAGGGAGCAUACACCUGCACUGUUAAAUCUGAGAUAGACCAGGACUCAGCUUCAGCCCGCCUGACUGUGUUAGAGGAAGCCUCCCUCAACCCCUCAGUCUCUAGUGCCUUGCCUCCAGACCGUCCAGACCCUCCCAUGGAUCUGGAUCUGUCAGACCCAGCAGCCCGCAGCGUUCGCCUCACCUGGAUCCCUGGAAAUGACCACAGGAGCCCUAUCACAGAGUUCUUGGUCCAGUUUGAGGAGGACCGCUGGGAGCCAGGCAGGUGGCGGAACCUGUCAACUUACCCAGGGGACCUUAACUCUGUCAUCCUGCAACUUGCCCCCUUCGUGAACUACCAGUUCAGGGUCAUCGCCAUCAACUCAGUGGGCCAGAGUCAGCCCAGCCGUCCGUCACCACGAUACAAGACCACUGGAGCUGCCCCAGAUGCCAUUCCCAGAGGUCUACGAGGAUGGGGCUCCAAGAAGGACAAUAUGGAAAUCACUUGGGAGCCCCUGCUUGAUCUGGAGAGAAAUGGUGCAAACCUGCACUAUUGCGUGUGGUGGAGACGGAAGGAUACGGGGGAAGAGUGGAGUAAUGUGACCACGGUGGGGUCCAAACAUAUUGUCCAAAACACAGAAACCUAUGUGCCUUAUGAGAUCAAAAUCCAGGCCAUAAAUAAUGUUGGAUCAGGACCGGAGUCUAAUGUGGUCAUUGGAUACUCCGGAGAGGACGAGCCAACUGAUGCUCCCACUGACCUGCGGGUGUCAAAGGUCGACAUCAACAAAACAUACAUCCACUGGAAGCCUGUGGACCCAAACUCAGUCCGGGGAGAGUUCAAAGAGUACAGACUGUAUUAUUGGCGUGAGUCCAGUCUGGUCCCAGGUCUGGUGGUCAGUAAGGAGAAGAAGACCAAAGGUUUCUACAGCACCAUGGCUGAGCCAUCUGGCAUCCUCAGUGACCUGGUGCCCUACUCUAAAUAUAAGAUGUUUAUGGUUGUGGCCAAUAGCCGCUUUGAGGGUCCACGUAGCAACACAGUGGAAUUCACCACCAAGGAGGGAGUUCCUGAUGCUCCGAGGUUCUUCAGGAUCAACCGGAGGAGUUUUGACACCAUUUACUUGGAGUGGGACAAACCUCUGGAGCCCAACGGCAUUCUGAUUGGAUACCGGCUCAAGUAUCAAAUAGUCAAUGGAUCCAGGGAAGGUCGAGAGCAGCUGGCGACUUUUCUUCCUAAUGCCACAGAUUUUACCCUCCGCCUGCCGGACCGAUCUACGCGCUACAAGUUCUACCUAUCAGCGCUCACACAGGUGGGAGCGGGGGAGGUCUAUGCUGAGGAGUCCCCGCACUUCACCAAUGAAGAAAACUUUACUUUUCCAGGUCUAGUCGAGCUUACGGAUGCCUCUGUGGCUUCACCUUUCACUCCUACUCCUCCUCCUCUUGCUACUCUUCCUCCUACUGCCAUCGCUCCUACAACCAUUAGUACCUCAACUUCUACCACUCCUACAACUACAACUUCUACUACUACUACUACUCCCUCUACUACCACCACUACUGCAACUGAGGCGACCACUACCACCACAACUCCUGUGGUGGUUAUCACCAAGCGUACCGAUCAGAACGUGUUGGUGGCCCCUGGGCGGGAGAUCUGGAAUCUGACGGUGGAGCCUAACAGUAACUACGCUAACGUCAGCUGGAGACACAACUUCCCGGCCGGCAGCAGCGAGUUUGUGCUAGAGUUCACACUGGACAGCGACAAGACGGUGAAAGUUGUACCAGUGAAACAACAGCCCCCCAUUAAGGUGGCGGAUCUGAUCGCAGGCGCCAAGUACCAUCUGAGGGUUUACUCCCAUGAGCACAACAGCAUCAGCAGCACAUCUGUCACCUUUAAAACCAAAGCAGCCUACAUAGACCAGGUAGACAUAGCCACUCAGGGCUGGUUCAUCGGCUUGAUGUGUGCCAUUGCCCUCAUCAUACUGAUCCUCCUCAUCGUGUGCUUCAUCAAGAGGAGUCGCGGGGGCAAAUACCCAGGUGGUGGCUGUGUGACUGGUGUCGCAAAAUAUCUCGUGCGUGACAAAAAGGAUCUCCCUCUAGACCCAGUGGAUCAGAACAACCAGGAUGGAUCCUUUGAUUACCACAGCGAUGAGGACAACAAGCCUCUGCAGGGCAGCCAGACUUCGCUGGAUGGCAAUGUGAAGGAAAGCGACGACAGCCUGGUGGACUAUGGUGAAGGCGGCGAUGGCCAGUUCAACGAGGACGGCUCUUUUAUAGGCCAGUACACGGUGAAGAAGGACAAGGAUGAGACAGAGGGCAACGAGAGCUCUGAGGCCACCUCGCCCGUCAACGCCAUCUACUCGCUGGCGUAGCCCCUUAGCAGCACACGGGGGACUCAGUGGCCCCCUUUGAUUUGAGGGCGUUACGACAAACCACAGCACCAUACACCAGACACAAACACACACACAUGAAUAUAUUGCUAUAUGAAACACCAUAAACACAGAAGACAUGCAGCAGGGCCUGUCUGGAGACUGUAUAGAGAAACAUGGGAGUGGAACUAGACCACAAGCCUUUACUUUAUGUUUCCAGCUCUAAGAAUAUGGCCCCUUUGAGGUGAUGUUUGGACAAAGUGGACAGUGCUUGUUUUCCUCUGCGCUCUGCCUGCCCUUUACCCACACAGACUUGAAGUGUGCCUUUGGGGCAGCUUUUGGCAUUUGGAGGCAUCAACAAGUGUUAUUUAGAGAUUUUCCUUUGGUUUGUUUCUGCUCUGAACAUUUUCAGUGUCACCGCUGUCCUUCCUGAUACACCCCGCAUACCUCUGUGUAGCAUCUCAGCAAAGUGGUUACACACACACACACACACACACACACACACACUCGCCCCGUACUGUAACAUAUCAGCUUCUAACCAUCAAUCUCAACAGGAUGCUGGCAGAUAUGUUUAUCAUAUUGAUAUUUACGCAGUGAAAGAUUUUCGUUUUUCCACAGCUGGUAGACGAGUCAUUGAAUCUUAAUGAAUGCUGUAUACAGUCCUGGCACACAUUUUAGUGCCCUGCAAAACUAUGCACUAUCACCUCCUCAAUACCAUUUUGGGUUUAAUCUGGUUAGUAAAAGUAUACAUUUUGAGUUCCUUUUUUUGUACCACUUACAGGCUAAAAUCACAUGCUUUUAUUCAAUUUGCCUGGUAUCAUGUGGUAGACAUGUUUUCCUUACCUCUAUUUCAAUGUUGUAGUGCAGAUAUUCAAAAUGGCUGCCACAAGAAAGGCCAUUUCUGCCACGAGCAGAACACUCUGCUACAGUAUGUUGUCAAUGAAUCUAAAUAAUAUUUUGGAGCAUGGUAGUGUCUAAGGCAGCAGAGAGGAAAGUUAGUUUUGCUUGAGAAACCCCAGUAGACCACAACCCAAUGAUUUUCCUGGUCAGCUGCUGGCUAAUGCUGCAUUCAUGUCAAGUGAGACAGAUGAAAUAUUGUCAUUUGUAAGCUGUAAAGCUUAGAGUAUUCUGUUUUUCAGUUGACUUUGUUUUCUGAUUUAUUAACCACAUGAAUAAGUGAGCACUACUUUUGAAAGUAGGUUUGAAACCAAACAUUGCAAUGUCAAUCCAGCAUAGUGAUCAAAUAAUGACUAAUUAUGAUUGAAAAAAAUGGUUUAAAAGUUUAUAUAUUAGAGAUAUAGCUAUUCUUCUACCACAAGCUUACAUGUAUCUUCUCACUGGUUACAGCAGAAUCCUGAAAGUUUGGGGUUCAAACCCAAAAGUUCCCAAUUAGUUUUUAGCUCCUGUAGGCUGAGAUGUAUGACGUUAGGUUGAAAGUCUGUCUAUGCUCUCUCCUGUGGGACAUGAAUGCAGCAUGAGAAGCGGGGAUCCUUAAGGUGUGUUCAGACUAAAUUUUUUAAUUUUAUUAGUCACACGAAAUUGACCACUAGAUUGUUAUUACAAUCUACAUUUAUUCGUCCCACACAGCAAGUGUACAGACACUAGCUGUAAGCUAGGUAGUACUGUACCCACCAACUUCCAGUUAUUUCUGUUUUUUUCUUCUGGACCCCUCCCCUUUGUGACGCCCUUGGCUCAAUAAGUGAAUUUGUGUCAGUCACACCACCUCUAAAAAAUCUCCUCAUGUUUAGUCCGAACCCACCUUUAGAAAGGGGGGUCUGCACCUCUUCCCGUCCUUCUAGUUUUAUAUAAAUUCAAUCAAUUUGUUAAGCAUUACAAAAGAAGAAGACUGCAUUAGGGCCGUGUAGAAUACUUAAAAAAUUACAAUAUUUACAGCAUGAAAAUAUAUACAUUAAAUCCACAGCCAGCUUUGAAAUGAAACGCAUCAGCUUAAUUUUUAGGUUUUGCAGAGGAAGAAAGAAAAAAGAAAAAUUGUUUUAAGAAGUUUGAAGAAAUACGUGCACUCAGUAUUUCACUUACAACCAUAUUUGUCAUGUAGUCAUUCUCUCAGCAGACUGAUGGACUGACAUUCAGUGAUUUGUUCACGUUUCUUAAUUUAUACUAAACAUUCACUGAGUGCUCAGUGGUUUUACAACGUAAUUUUGGCACUUGUACUGUAGUUACGUGCUACUCAACAGCGCUAUUAAACCCUACAAUGCUAAAUGACAUAGAUCUUACCUGCAGUUAGCAACUGUAUUUCACAUUGUAUUUCAAAUAUUUAUUUUAUAUUUCUAUUUAUUACAUUAUGUGGAUAGUAUUAAUAUAUUAGUUCUUAUUCAAUAAUUGUUAUAUACACAUUUUUGACCAACUGUUGUUUCACACCAGAAAUAGCCAAAAUAAUGAUGUCUCCAUAAUUUGUUAUUGCUCAUCAUGAGAGGCAUUAAACACAACAGUAUGUUCAAGAUAUUUUUGUAGCAGCUGGCUUUUCUGCUGUAAACAAAACAACAAAAAGAAAAUACCUGUCAUUAUAAGGUCAUGUUUAUCUGUCCAUUGUGCUGCUCUUCUCGUACUCAUAUUGUAUUACUGUUAAUGUGUUGUUCUUCAGAUUUAUGUAACAUAACAUUUCCACCACACAGAAAAUUCAUAUUAUUACUUAUUAUUUAUUUGGCAUAUAUUCUAUACAUGUAGGUCUCUUAUCUUUGUAAAUAUCACAUAGUUGAUUUACAACCACCCCCCAGCCCCCGCCCCCCAAAAAAUGCUUUAUCCGAAAAGAGAGCAGAGAUUCACAAAUUUGUAUCCACCAAGCAAAUGCGACAGGUGCAUCUUUAGUCUGUCAUGCACCUCUGUAAUGUAGCUUUGACUAACAUUUGCACAAAAACUUAUACAAAUCAUCUUUCACCCUAUGUUGCCCUUUGCUUUGACAUUGUAAUAUAAGGUACUGGCUGUGGUAAGUCUAUCAGUCACUUGCUUAAUGAUGGUUUGGAUUCUAUAUUGUGAAAAAUUAAUAUGUUAGAUUCUCUAUGAUGUAAAUAAGUCCUGCAAUAUCACAUUUGUAGCAUUUGUCGCACACAAACUGCUGGUAGGCCUAAAAAAGAAAAACCAUGCAUUUGUUGAGGUAUCCAAACAAACUCCCCUCCUUAACACUGUUCUUUCUGAAACUGUGUCAACUUGUUUUUCCCAUAAUGCCUUUCACCUAACAUGCUUAUUGCUGCAUAGCUGUGUCCCAUUGCAGGGGUCACCUUAGAGAAAUAAACAUUGAGCCUGCUCCUCCACAAACGAGACUGUCAUGCCUCACAUAGUCAAAAAGCCAAAAGCUGGGAUUAUUCUUUCAAUUUACUGAUCUGCUCAUGUCUGUCUGUGUACAGUCUAAACUUUAUUUAGAUCAUACAUGCUGACUUUGCAUGUGUGAAUAUGUCCACCGAUGGGGCCAAAUGUUUUUGGUUCAUCUUUCUCUUUGUAUCCCCGUUUAUACUAGAUGCCGAUGAUGAUGUUGUGUUCGGUGAAGUAGUCCUUGUUGUGAUGUGAUAACCAAUCAUUAUCAACAACACCGCUGCUGACCCCUGAAAGUACCUGGAACCUGCAAUUAGUAUCAUGUCCCUGAACAGUGACCAAAAUUGAUUCCAGAAACUCAUCUCCAAAGCAGGUGGAGAACAAUGGAAACACAAGCAAAACCUAUUAAAAUGGCUUUGUUUUUAUUACAUUGUGUUUCUUUUCGCAGAAGUAGUAAAUACCAAAUACUAAGUUUAUUCCCAGCUGUCAUUAUUUACAUCCUACUUUAUGUGAUAUAAUUUCAAGUUGACAUCAUCUGAAUGCACAGUUAAACAUGUGACUGGCCCUCAAUCAAUUGACUAGUUAUGGGGAAAAGGUCUUUGAGUUAGGGAAGAACUUGUGGAUCCAUUAUGACUAUUCACUUUGAAAGAGGGGGCCCCUAAAGUGGAACACAGCAUAGGCAGCAGUUUUGAAAACAGUUCUGGCCUUAUAUUUGUCACCCCUUCCAAAACAAAGAGAUGUCAGAUUCUCCAAAAAAUCUUUCUGUCACCUAAGCCCUUUUCAAAAAAUGUUCCCUUCUGUCUUUAUGCGGAACCCCAAAGUAAUAUCCUCUGAGUUUUAAUCAGUUGGGUGUUUUCUGCGACAUUAUUGUUUCAUGGUGUGCUCACUCUAACCUUGGUGUGACCAUAGAGAGUUGUUCAUUUGAGCACUGAGCACAGACAUUUUGAAAAACAGUGUGCUGCAGAGAUAGAAAAAGACAGCAAGAAAAAUCAUUGAGAGAUUGGGUCAGAGCAUAGGCACGAACUCUCUUACAGGACUGAAAGAUUUUUCUUCUAAAUCUGGUCUGGACACCUGCACCCUCCUCUUGGCCUCUCUCUUUUUUCUUUCUCUUUUUUUUGUAUUUGCUGAUACACAGUGCUUUUUUCACAUCCUUUUAUUUGUGCACGUUGAUUUGAGGUACAUAUAGAGCCAGGCAUCUCAUUUUACUGUCUGCAUCGUUUCAGCUCACCUUUCAUGGGGAAAAAGAAAAUGUCAGUGUGCAGUUUUACAGCUUUGUGUUUUUUUGUUUUUCUUAUUUCAAAAUGCUGCAAAGUGUAGAAUUUUACUGGUGCACAUUCAAGAUUUGCAACUGGAUUUUUUUAAAUGAUUGAUCACAUGCUGUAUGGCUUUUUAAAAAUUUAUUCUCAUAUUAGCAUCUUGUUUUUACCAUGUGUAUUAGAGCAGCAAAGUCUUGCUUCGACAUGCAAAAUAACAGCUUUUGUAAGGUACAUCUACUCAACAGAAAAUGGCAUAAAUAUAUUCACCAUGUAUGCGUGUAUGAUGAGAUGUUGCAACUUCUGCUAGCGACGCCUUCUUUAUAGUAAAGCUAUCUCCUUUUCUCUA